AUGGAUAAUCAAAUAUCAACUUAUGCUCCUGAGUCGAUCGCUUCAAAUACAUUAAUAGAUUCAUUUUCAACAAAUCCACAAAAUACAUUACAUACACUUAUUGAUACAUCCAAUCCAGAAUUAACAAAUAAAUCUUUAGAUAUUGAAAACAAAUCUUUAGAUAUUGAACAAUUUUUAGAUAUUGAAAAUAAAUCUCAAGAUAUUGAAAAUAAUUUUUUAGAUACAGAAGAUACAUCUCAAGAUAUUGAAAAUAACUCUUUAGAUACAGAAAAUAAUUCUCAAGAUAUUGAAAAUAAUUUUUUAGAUACAGAAGAUACAUCUCAAGAUAUUGAAAAUAAUUUUUUAGAUACAGAAGAUACAUCUCAAGAUAUUGAAAAUAAAUCUUUAGAUACAGAAGAUAUACCUCAAGAUAUUGAAAAUAAAUCUUUAGAUACAGAAGAUAUACCUCAAGAUAUUGAAAAUAAAUCUUUAGAUACAGAAGAUAAUUCUCAAGAUAUUGAAAAUAAUUUUUUAGAUACAGAAGAUACAUCUCAAGAUAUUGAAAAUAAAUCUUUAGAUACAGAAGAUAAUUCUCAAGAUAUUGAAAAUAAAUCUUUAGAUACAGAAGAUAAUUCUCAAGAUAUUGAAAAUAAUUUUUUAGAUACAGAAGAUACAUCUCAAGAUAUUGAAAAUAAAUCUUUAGAUACAGAAGAUAAUUCUCAAGAUAUUGAAAAUAAAUCUUUAGAUACAGAAGAUAAUUCUCAAGAUAUUGAAAAUAAAUCUUUAGAUACAGAAGAUAAUUCUCAAGAUAUUGAAAAUAAAUCUUUAGAUACAGAAGAUAAUUCUCAAGAUAUUGAAAAUAAUUCUCAAGUUACAGAAAAUCCACCUUUAAGUAUUGAACAAUUAUUUUUAGAUAUUGAAAAAAUAUUUUUAGAUACAGAAAGGAUCUCUCAAAAUACAGAAAAGAACUCUCUCCAUGCUAAAAGGAGAUCUUUAAACAGAGAAAGAAGAUCUUUAAACAAAGAAGGUAGAUCUUUAAACAAAGAAAGUAGAUCUUUAAAUAAAGAAAGUAGAUCUUUAAACAACGAAAGUAGAUCUUUAAACAGAGAAAGUAGAUCUUUAAACAGAGAAAGAAGAUCUUUAAAUAGCGAAGGUAGAUCUUUAAACAGCGAAGGUAGAUCUUUAAACAGCGAAGGUAGAUCUUUAAACAGAGAAAGGAGAUCUUUAAAUAAAGAAAAGAAAGCCCUCUAUAUUAGAAAGAGAUCUCGAGAUCCAGAAAAUAAUUCUCAAGAUACAGAAAAUAAUUCUCAAGAUCCAGAAAACAAAUCUUUAGAUACAGAAAAUAAUUCUCAAGAUACAGAAAAUAAUUCUCAAGUUACAGAAAAUAAUUCUCAGGAUACAGAAAAUAAUUCUCAAUAUCACAAUCUAUUAGAAAAUACAAUGAAUACCGAAAGUAUUCCCAAACCAUCUGAAAUUAAUGCAAACCCUGUAAUUGAUCCUGUUAAUAAUGCUCAACCAUCAGCUAGUAUUCAAGGUGGUGAUAUACCAACUAUAAGUGACAUUCCACAAGAUGCAGAAGAAGUAUCCGAAAACACUGAGGAAUUACUUAAGGAUGAAGGGUUUGUUAAUUUUUUAAACACAAUAACUUUAUUAGCCAGAUUACAAGAUGAAAAUGCAAAGGCAGAACAAUUAAAUGCUAUUAAUAAUGAAGCGGCACAAGCGGCACAAACGGAACAAAUGGAACAGAUGGGACAGAUGGCAAAAAUGGCACAAAUGGCACAAGCGGCACAAGCGGCACAAGCAGCACAAGUAUCCAACCCAAAUCCUCCUAAAUUAUUUCUUCCACAAUAUGAUAUCAGUCCACAUGGUAGAUGGAUAUCCCCUUUAUAUAAAUUUCAAUUUUUUCUUACAUAUGUCAAUGAAGUUGGAAGAAUAUUUCACGGAAAAGGUUUAAUAACAUUAUUUACUGUUAUUAUCACUGUUGCUUUAUAUUGUGCUAAUAGAUACUUCAAUUUAUUCUCUAUAAAGGAUAUGUUUAAAAAAAAGAAAAAAAAAAAAGGAAAAAAAAAAAGAAAAGAAAAAGAAGAAAAAAAAAAAAGAAAAGAAAAAGAAGAAAAAGAAGAAAAAGAAGAAAGAAGAGGAAAGAAAGAAAAAAAAAACAAAAAAAAAAGAAAAGAAAGAUAUGAUGAUAGUGAUUAA